AAAUCCACGCUCGCCGCUAUAUACGCCACAGGCCGUUUUCACUAAACCGCGGCGCAGCACUACAGAGAGACCCAGCCAGCGUGAUGUCGUGGGUCCCAAUGAGGUGCGGAGACGGCAAACUCUGCGGCGACGGCGGCGCGGAGUACCCGUGCGUGAGGCGGUUCCGGCACCGGCGGCUCAUCGCCUUCCUCUGGAUGUACGGCUUCGAAGCCACCGUCGAAUCGAUGCUCGGCGAGUCGGACGCCAUCUGCAGCCCACGCCGCCUGCAACAGCUCGUGCACCGACAGCAGUGGCGCGACGCCCGCAGCUACCUCUGCCGCUUCCUGCCGCCGCCGGUGGGCACCGAACGGCUCAGCGUCGAGGCCCAUGUCCUUCACUGCUUCCUCGGCGUGCACACGGUCUUGGCCAGCAUCGUCGCCGGCGUAAAGGAAGACCCCGCCUACAGCCAGUACCUCAGCCACGACAGGACCGUCAGCUACGGCGCUGUCAGGAUCCGCUCCAUCAUUCUCAGCAUUCUCUGCGCACGGCAACAAGUGAGGACUUCGAUUGACUGGGAAUGCGUGAGGUACAAGGCGGCGGAUAUUAUCUAUGACUUGGUUUCUCGGACUCCGGAGCUCAAAGAUCUCAUCUUAAUGCCGGGCAACCGAAUGAAGCCACACAAUGUUCUUCCCAUUGGGUUCGGUUUCCGCGGGAGGCGUCACUUAAAGAAACGGACCCGCCGGGCAAGAGCAUCUGCUCUUGCCAAGGUCUAUAUUGGCCGACAGAGGAGUCUACCAGCUAUAUCGGAUCCCUCUCAGGAAUCUUAUGAUGAACUGACCGUGUCCAAGGCACUGGAUUGGGUGGCAGAUAUUGUUGAUGAAUGUUUGAAAGCUGGUAGGCGUCCAGAGUCUCAUCCAGUUCGUUAACUUCAGACAAGUGGAAUGGAAGGUAAAUUCAGAGUUUUUUCAUCCACAAAAAGCUGCUUCAGAAAAAAUUCAUUGUGUAAACUUAAUAUCUUGAUUUUUCAUGGGUUAUAUUAUUCGUUGAAUCCAUUUUGGUAGAACUCCGUAGUAAAAUGAUGCCAAUCAACUUUCAGUUGCUCUUUCCAUUUCUACUUCAGUCUUGGAUUUACAUGUUUUAUUUUUUUGACAUGGUGGCCCUCAUGCUUUGCAGAAAAAAACAAACACAUAUACCAUGCAAAAUGAGAGCGAACUAUUAGCUUUGUUAUGCUGUGACUAAGUUCAUCAUUAUUGUUA